UCCAUUUCGCCCUCCAACUUGCCGUGGGGUUCCUUUCGCCUCCUUUCCAUGGAGCUCCCAACGUAGCGUGGGUUAAGGGAGGAACAGGACUGUUUGUUUGCUUUUUUUUUUUUUUGGCAUUUAAAAAAAGAUGGAGACUGCCCACAUACAUUUCAUCUUUUUUUAUCAUUAAAAUAUAGAAUACCCAUCUGAUUUGUUUUGAUUCUUUUUCUGCGCACGUUUCCACUUUUUUCUUUUCUGAUAUUCUUUUGUAAAAUCCUAUGUUGAUUUCCUCUGUUUUCUUUUAAUUUUUGUCAUCGAUGACUUUAUUUUCUUGCAUCUCCUAGUCACCCAGUAGUUCAAAUGCUGCCCUCUUCGUUUCCCUUUUGGUUUACUCACAGAAGUCACCAAAUGAAUCAUCGCAGAUGAAAACGUAGUCAUAUUUUCUGACUCGGAGCUUGCUCUGGGAUUUGAUGGUAUAAUUUCUGACUCAUCUUUUCUCAGUCAUCCUGUUAUCUCAACUAGCCAAGGCUCACAGAUACCCCACCAAUCCGAGUCUUUUGUUUUCCGGGUGUCUAGAAGAAGAAGAAGAAGACGAAGAAUAAUAUUAGCCUUUGUAAUUUAAGCUCCGUAAUUCGAUCUCUGCAAUGGAGUUUGCUUUCCUGCUUAAUCAUAUCAAUGUUCUUCUCCUUCUUGUUAUGCUGUGUGUUCCAUGUGGAUUCAUUCAGUGUCCUACGGAUUUUGGGGUCUCCAACAUCUUGCAAGCAACCCCAAGUGCCUCUGUUGAUUUCGGGAGGAUGUAUUUCAACCUUCCGGCUGCAGUCCUGAGACCAAAAUCCCCCAGAGAAAUAUCCUUCCUAUUGAAAUCUGUUCGUAGCUCAUCGCCCUUCAGCAACAGGGUGACUGUGGCUGCUAGAGGAGCAGGUCACUCCAUUAAUGGGCAGGCUCAGGCCCUCGAUGGCAUUGUCAUUGAGAUGGACUCUUUGCCUGACCAUAUUGAAAUUCAUAGCAACAGUGAAGAGUAUGGAUGUUCUUAUGCAGAUGUUAGUGGUGGUACUCUGUGGAUUGAUCUUUUGAGGGAAUCUCUUAAGGUUGGGCUGGCACCAAGGUCUUGGACAGAUUACCUCUAUCUCACCAUUGGUGGCACUCUCUCUAAUGGCGGCAUCAGUGGUCAGACGUUCAAACAUGGGCCUCAAGUUGCUAAUGUUCUUCAGCUGGAUGUAGUCACAGGCCAAGGAGAGCUCCUGACCUGCUCCAAAGCCCAAAACUCAGAGCUUUUUUAUGCAGUUUUGGGUGGUUUAGGUCAGUUUGGGAUCAUAACAAGAGCUAGAAUAGUGCUUGAAGAAGCUCCCCAUAAGGUGAAAUGGGUGAGAGUAUUUUACGAUGAAUUUGAGAAGUUCACAAGGGACCAGGAGCUGUUGGUGACUGCAAUGGAGGGGAUGGUGGACUACGUGGAAGGAUUAACGUUCUUGAACCAGCAUUCCCUAUUGAGCUCCUUUGCUGCUUUCCCGUCUGACCCUGAUCUGCUUCCUGGCCUUCACGGGGAAAGCAACACGAGCAUCUACUACUGCAUUGAGUUUGCUGUUCACUGCCACCACAAAAAGGCAUCCAAUGUCCAAAAGGCAACAAUGGAGGAAGAGGUGGUGAGGCGACUGAAUCACAUUCGAUCGCUUGUGCAGAGAGCGGAGGUGUCUUACUUCGAUUUCUUGAACAGGGUGGGGAUGGAGGAAGAGAAGCUGAGGAGCAAGGGGGCAUGGGACGUCCCCCACCCUUGGCUCAACCUGUUCGUCCCCUCUUUUUCCAUCACCACCUUCAAAGACCUCCUCCUUCAAAACAUAUCGCCCACCACCUUUGAGGGCCCGCUUCUCAUCUACCCUAUCAGGCCAGACAAGUGGGAUGCGAACAUGUCGGUGGUUCUUCCACGUGCACAUGCAGGGAAAAGAAACGACAGCCUCAUCUACGUUGUCGGGGUCCUCCGAUCCGCGCCGCCGGAGUGCGUGCCGGAGACGCCGUGCCUCAACCGAAUCGAGCAGCAGAACCGAAGGAUAGUUGAGACGGCGACCCGGUGGCUCUCCGCCAAGCAGUACCUGCCAGCGUACAGCCGGCGGCGGCAGUGGGAGGAGCACUUCGGAGAGAGUGGGUGGCUGCGGUUUCAGGCGAGGAAGGCCCAGUUCGAUCCUCUUAACGUUCUGGCUCCCGGCCAGAGGAUCUUCUCCCGGUGGGAAGCCGAUUCGAAGAAGAACAACCGGUAAAUUUGAACUCGGUUUUUCGGGAACGGCGAGCGUAUCGAGAAAUAAUGUGGAUAUCGGGAGCUCAAGAUUUCUUUUUCCUUCUCGAAUUUUAGUUCUGGUUUUUCUUUUCCAUUCUUUCUUUUUGAUCAUCUUCUCAUUUAUUUUUUUUCCUGGAAA